AUGGAUAUCUCACUGCAAACUCACCAGUCGUACAUCGGCCAGCCGGUCAGCGCUCUCCCCACACCCGCCCUGGUGGUGAGCAAGCCUGUGCUCGAAAAGAACGUGAAAAGGCUGCACGGUGACGUCGAGGCGUUGGGCAUCGACUUCCGACCUCAUGUGAAGACUCUCAAGAGUAUUGAGGCCACACGGAUCAUGCUGGCUCAUGGUCGAUAUAAGAAGAUCGUAGCGUCGACGUUAAGCGAGAUCCGCGGAUGUUUGCCUCUGGUCAAAGAAGAUCUGGAUGCUUUCACAAGCCAACAUGGGUUGAAGAUAGUGCUCAUGAUUGACCAUGCCGAUCACAUUCGCAUUCUAGAAGAGUUCAACGCACGCACCAAGCGCAGCAACCCCUGGCCAGCAUUCAUCAAAGUCGACGUCGGUACGAACCGGGCGGGCAUUUUGAACUCCUCUUCGCGAUUAGACGAGGUUAUCCAGGCAGCCAACUCAUCUGCGGCGGUAUCAGUUUAUGGUUUCUAUUGCCAUGCAGGGCAUUCUUACGCUGCCAAAACAGCCGAACAGGCUGUGAAGGUCCUGAAUGAUGAAAUCAACGGUGUUGUAAUAGCAGCGAGGAGGCUUCUCGACCCCAAGACGGAACUUGUCCUCUCUAUCGGAGCUACACCCACGGCGCAUGUGGUGUCCAACAUCAAAGCCAAGCUUCCCGAGAACACGCGGCUGGAAUUGCAUGCCGGCAACUUCCCGGCCAACGACCUUCAGCAAGUGGCUACUGGUCUCGUAUCGCUGUCAGACCAAGCUGUGCGGGUUGUCGCUGAGGUGUGCAGUGUCUACCCGGAGCGCAAUGAAGCACUCAUCAACGCUGGAGUGCUUGCACUUACCAAGGAAGUAAGCUCGUUUACGGGUCUAGCGAGGCUGACGGAGGAAGUGAACUGGGGGAUUGUGCGCGUCAGCCAGGAACAUGGGAUAUUCGGCUGGGUUGGGGACGAGGCACAGAGCGAAAUGGCGGAAGACAGAUUCAGGGUCGGACAGAAGGUGCUGUUAUACACACAACACUCGUGCAUUACGAGCGCUAUGUAUUAUGCGUUCUAUGUGGUAGAUGAGCAGGACAUUGUUCGUGAGACAUGGAUUCCGUGGAAAGGGUGGUAG